AUCUCUCCAAUUAUUUUAUCUUUGCCAAGACAUCAACUCCCCAAAAAAACAAAACCAGUCCGGUUUCAAGUUUCACCUUAGCUUUUAGGUAUCAAGCAUAUCUUAUAUUUCUACUUCACCCCUCUUCCACUCUGCUCUCUCUCUCUCUCUUCCACCCACAUGUAGAUGUGCCUUCCUUUUCCAAAGGGAGCAGCAACAACUUGUGUACUCUUCUUGUUGUUUUCCACUUCUCAGAAAGAGAUGCCUCACCACAACUAUUUCCCUUGCUUGUUGAAGCCUAGUAUCAUUAUUGUCUAGUUCUUGCUGUGCUUUUUUGUGUUCUCUCUCUCUCUCUCUCUCUUUUAUGGAUCUUGGGGUAGUGGGUUUGGAGGGGGUGGUGGGUUCAGAAAGUGGUUGCGUGUUUGGUUCCUCUCUUGCUUCAGAUCCUGAGACAAAGCACAAGUGGUACGGAUCUGGUGUGCUCAAGCAAGAGAGAUCUGCCAUAGCAAGUGAAGAUGAUGAGUGGGGAACUUAUAAAGUGGCCAAAAUUGAUCAUGACAUGUCUUCUGCCCCUAAAGCAAUGAUCUUUCAGCAAAGAAACAACUCUUUGUUGAGAUCUAAUAAUGCUACUCUUUUUUCUGACGGCCAUCACCAAUCUCAAAUGUUGAGUUUCUCUUCUCCAAAGUCAGAGACUUUGUUGGUAGAUACAGCUUCCUCAAAUGCCACAUUGCCUUUUUCUUACCAUCAAUUGUCUAGUUACAGCAGAAAUACAGGUUACAGUUCAGGAAGCAUAAGCAUGCAUGGGGCUUUGGCUGGUGUGAGAGGGCCAUUCACUCCAUCACAGUGGAUGGAGCUUGAACACCAAGCCUUGAUCUACAAAUACAUCACUGCAAACAUGCCUGUGCCAACUCAUCUUCUCAUACCCAUCAGAAAAGCACUUGAUUCUGUUGGCUUCUGCAACUUCUCAACUGGACUCCUCAGAUCCAACUCAUUGGGAUGGGGAGGUUUCCAUCUGGGAUUCUCGAACAGCACGGACCCUGAGCCAGGGAGGUGCAGGAGAACAGAUGGAAAGAAAUGGCGAUGCUCAAGAGAUGCCGUAGUAGAUCAGAAGUAUUGUGAGCGGCACAUGAACAGAGGACGCCAUCGUUCAAGAAAGCCUGUGGAAGGCCAAUCAGGCCAUGCCCUCACCACCACCACCACCACUACUAACACACUUAAUGCUUCCUCAAACUCAACCGUGGUGCCCGGCAACAACACCUUUGCACACAACAAAGUGCACCACCCUCUUCCACCUAAUUCCUCUCCAGCCAAUACCAUCAAUAGGAUGUUUAUGAAUAAUAAAGAGAAUAACAGCACGAGUGAGAGGAUGGAGGAUUGCUCUGCCCUUCCCAUGCUACCUCCCACUCUUGAGCUGAAACCGAAGGAGAAAAACAAUUUCAUGAUUCAUAAACACCAAGACCCCUAUGAUGAAUCCUCAAGGAACAACAAUGAGUUUGGACUCGUCACUUCUGAUUCCUUGCUUAACCCUACACAGAAAAGAAGCUUUGAUUCUUCUUCUUCACAAAAGGAUGAUUCUGAGUCCCAACAACAACAUUCCCUCAGGCACUUCAUUGAUGACUCUCCCAAACCACCAUCUCAUAAUCAUCAUCGUUCGUCGUCCAUUUGGCCCGAACUCGACAACAUACAGUCAGAUAGGACUCAGUUAUCAAUCUCCAUACCAAUAUCUUCCUCAGACUUCAUGUCAUUCACUACUUCCUCACCCUCCAACGAGAAACUCACGUUGUCGCCACUUAGGCUUUCGAGGGCGUUAGACCCCAUUCAAAUGGGGUUGGGAGUGGGAAGCGGUGCCUCCAAUGAAGCAAAUCCUAGGCAAGCCAAUUGGAUUCCAAUCACUUGGGAGAGUUCAAUGGGUGGCCCUCUUGGAGAGGUUUUGAACCUUAGCAAUAACAGCAAUGCAAGUGAUCAAUGUGGCAAGAACAACACUUCAGCUCUCAACCUCAUGAAAGAUGAUGAUGAUGAUGGGUGGGACAAUAGUCCUCCACUAGGGUCAUCACCAACUGGGGUGUUGCAAAAAACAGCAUUUGGAUCACUCUCCAACAGCAGUGCUGGGAGCAGUCCAAGGGGGGCACCAGAGAACAACAAAGAAUAGAGAUUUCUGAUUCCUUGUUUUCAAGUUUGAACUGGUUUUUUGUUGUUCUUCUUCCUCAAAAGUUUGUUUGGGAAUGGAUUGGCGUUUGUGGAAUGUGGACCACACGAGUUGUAGCUGGCUAGCUACUGUCUCUUUCACUCUUAAGGUUUGAUCUUUGGUUUCACGGGGUUGUAAUAGUGUCUGUUUUUAUAUUUGGAAUGGUUUAACUUAAAAAAAUUACUUCGAUUUUCAUUUUAA